ACGGCUUGUGUUCGUUUUAUUGGGUUUUGUUUGGUUUUCGAUGUAAAAAUGGACGGUUCCCAUCGCGCUAACGUGCUCGUCACGUCCUGUCUGAAAACACCGGUGGACCCGCACACAAAAGUCCCGCUGGCUUUAUACGAGAGAGCGCGUGCGGCUCCGGUAAUAACGGAUGGAGGACAGGAGUCUGACUCAGAAUCAGACCCAGGCACUGAUGGCACUCACCCUAAAGUCAGCCGCACUCUGCCGGUUACAGAUCGCUGUAAACUGGACGAUCACAUCGACCUGCGUGAGCUGUACCUUUCUAAUGAGCAGUACUACCGCCAGCUGGAGCAGCUGAGGAGAGCUCACCUAUGCACCAUGGCUGACCUUGAGCUCAUGUACCUUAAGAAACUUGAGCUACAGGGCAGUGAACCUCUGAGGAACCGUGACAGAGUCUGUCUGCUGCAGUAUCAUCAGACAAAUGGUACGACUGGAAGAAAACUGAAGAAGUCUCACUCAGCCCAUGAGCUCAGAAGCGACACCUACAUGGACGAGGUUUGCAACGUUCGAGGUGACCAUGUCGAUCAAAACAUUACAAAAGAUCUUCUCAGCUUACCAAAAGAAUACAUCAAAAAUAUGUGGCAAGGUUUCCGUGUUGAUAAAAUGUCCCAAAAAAAGCCGAAACCUUCCUCGGCAUCACUAGAGAAUCAUCCAGGUGACCAUCGAUCCAUAGUGGAACCAAACCAAGUUCAAAGGUCUAAAAAAGGAAAAGGGAGGACAAAAGAGGUAGGCUGGUGUCCACAGGUGACGGUGCCCAAGCCCUUCCAGAUGACACUACGGGAGAUGGAAUACAAACGCAACAGGGUCAGGUCUCGUGUUGAAAUUGAACAGGAAAACGUGGAGCUGCGCAAAGAAAUAGAAGAGCUCACCGAGUGCCAGCACAAGUUCCGAGCCACUGCAGUGCCUGCUCACGUGCGUCUGCCACUGUAUGAGGAACUGCGCGAGCGAGACGAAGAACGGCGUCGGCAGUUACGGGCUGCAGAACAACAGCGUCUCCUCGCCGCUCAGAGGCCAUUUAGCUUUCUGGAAAGGGAGCAAAUCAAGAAACAGCAGAAGGAGCUGCAGAUGCUCCUCUCCACUAAGGAACAAUUAGAGCACAGGAGGCGCCCAUUUCGUGCCAAACCAGUUCCCCGUGCGGUUAAAGAGGCAGCGAUGGGUGAGCGUCACAAAGAAGAGCAGCUCUACCGGGAAAUCAAGAAAGAGAUGCGAGCGACAGAGAUGCUCCUGAGCGCCAAUGAGCCACCCAGCACGCUGUCCAAACGUAUCAGUGAACGCCGUAUGCAGAGAGAAGAGCAAUCAGCACCGACCACAGGAAUCAGAAUCAGCUCCCAGGUGCCUGACUUUGACAUCAGCUAUAGACGCUUCCAGAAGCAGCUUGCAAGAAAGCGUGAAUUUCGACCUCUGACAACUUGCGAACCCUUCAAGUUGUGCACGGCUAAUAUCAGCCCACGUAAAGAGCGCCUCACGGCCAAUAAUGAGGCGGGGAGGAGAAACCAGAGUGCAUCUGAGUGCAUGUUUGUUUCUCUUUUUCCUCAAACACCUUCGUCCUCUGUGAGUUCAUCUCUCUCUGGGAGCCGUGAAUACCUGCCUCCCAAAAUUACUGAUGCAGCCAAGAAACGUCAAGAGGCCGUUAGGAAAGUUCUCGAACAGAGGAAGAAAGCCGAGCAAGAGGAAGAGGAACGGAAGGAGCGACAAAAACGAAAGGAGAGGAAAUUUCAAAAGCUGAUAGUCAGACGUGCUCAAGCCAAUGACCCGCAUGUGGCCCUGGCACAGAUCUGUGAAUCCAAACUCAAGGAGUUCAGGAAACAGGACCUACAGAGGCGCAGGGAGUAUGAAGAGGAGAUGAGAGAAAUUCAAGAGCGAGUGAAAAGCAGACCUCUUCUACUAGAACAAGUAGCACAGAUGAACGCUAAGAAGGCAGCAGAGAAGUGCUACACUGAUGUUCUGCGUGCGUUUGGUCUCAGUGAGGCCUUUGUCAACAGUAAAGACCCUCCAAGUGAACAUGACUACACUCUGUCGGGUCGUUCAGUGAUUCACUCACCUCUCACACACAGGAAAGACCAAACAGCUGAUCAUCUAGAGGGGGCUGAUAUUGAAAAUUUAUUACCUGCUGACUAUCCUGUGGGUUAUAAAGAUUACAAACAAGACGAUGAAGAUGUACUGGUGGACAGGAAGCAUGAGGGACAGCAGGAGGACGAGGGAGAACAACUGGACCCUGGUGAGGAUGGAGACCGCAGUCUUUCCUAUGAGGAUCAUCUGGAUUUUGAUGAUUAUGAUGAUCAGGACGAGGAUGAAAGUGAUGAAGGGUGUGGUGACAGAAGCCACAGUCGCCACAGCAACACAAGCAGGGCGGGUGACAAUGGAAAAAGAAGUAUGAGCCCUUUAACGGAUGAAGGAAGGAAAAAAGGUGGGAAAAGCAGGCGUGGAAGUCAGGAGUCUACAAGUAAUGAGGGGACAGAGGGAAGAGAAAGAGAUGAAGAAAACAGUGAUGAUAAGGAUUGA